GUCCCUAACCACCACUUACCUUUUUCCCCCCUUCACUUUCUUCCUUGAAAGAGCUGAGCUCUUUAUCAAUAUCUACACUUUACAUAUUUUCCCCCAUAACAAAGUCGAACCUUGUUAAAGAUGCGCUCCUUCGCUCUCGCCGCUGCUCUCGUUUCUAUUUCCUCUGUCGCCGCUGAAACCUUCACCAUUGCUGUCGGUGGGAACAACACGUUGACCUAUGACCCUAAAUCGAUUACGGCCAAAGAUGGAGAUAUCAUUCAGUUCCAGUUUUUAACCAAGAACCACACCGUAACCCAGUCAACGUUCGCGGACCCCUGUACAAAAAUGACAACCCCAACUGAAGGUGUCGAUUCGGGUUUCAUGCCUGUAGCCGUAGGAGCUACCCAAAUCCCUUCGUGGAGCUUCACCUUGAACAACGCUUCUGGUCCUUUGUGGUUCUAUUGUCGUCAGAAAACGCCCGCUAGCCAUUGCCAGGCAGGAAUGGUGUUUGCAGUGAACCCGACUGCUGACAAGACGUUUGACGCAUUCCAAAAGCUUGCUAUGGGAGGUGCCGCUAAUGGAACUACAACAAGUACUGGUGGUGCUGGUGGGAAUGGAGGUUCAACAAGUACUGGUGGGAAUGGAGGUUCAACAAGUACUGGUGGUACUGGUGGUUCAACGAGCACUAGUACGACAACGGGUGGAGGUAACCCGAGCACGACAGGUACGGGAAGUGGGGACGGGAGUGGAAGUGGAACGAAUUCCUCGGCUACGCCCAACGGCAACAACGGCAAUGGGGCUGUGUCCAUGACGAUGAACGCUGCAGGCCUCGUUUCCAUCGCUGGAUUGGUUGUUGGUUUAAUGCUAUAGCUUGCAUGUAGUAAUCCAACAUCUUUAUGCCAUCUAUUUUCUGUC